ACUGAAUAUCAGAUGUCAUAGUUCGUAAAUUUGUGGAGUCGGUGGGUCGGCCAUCUGCUUCAGUUGCAGCCGGAGCCACGUCAUAUUUGUGUGCCGCUUGGAAGCAAGCAAGGCAAGCUGGCUUCCGCGUUUUCACGUUAAAAUUACGUUCCCGUAACCGCAGACAUGAAUAUAUUCCGGUUGCUGGGCGAUCUGUCGCACCUUCUAGCCAUUAUCAUACUUCUCCUUAAGAUAUGGAAGACGCGGAGUUGCGCCGGUAUCAGUGGCAAGUCCCAGAUUCUCUUCGCGAUUGUUUAUACUACCCGUUAUCUAGACCUGUUCACCACAUUUAUAUCGGCGUACAAUACAUUCAUGAAAAUCAUUUUCAUCGUCGCAUCCCUCGCCACGGUCUUCUUGAUGUACGUCAAGUUUAAAGCUACGUAUGAUCAUAACCAUGAUACGUUCAGGAUCGAAUUCUUGGUUUUACCCGCGCUUGUACUAGCGCUAUUGAUCAAUCACGAAUUGUCUUUUGUGGAGGUUCUAUGGACAUUCAGCAUUUAUCUAGAAUCAGUGGCGAUAUUACCGCAAUUGUUUCUGGUUUCAAAAACAGGCGAGGCGGAGAGCAUCACCAGUCAUUAUCUAUUCGCAUUGGGAUCUUACAGAGGCUUGUAUCUAUUCAACUGGGUCUACCGUUACUACGCCGAGGAUCAUUAUGACUUAAUUGCCAUAGUCGCAGGACUGGUGCAGACAGUUCUAUAUUGUGACUUUUUCUACCUCUACAUUACCAAAGUACUGAAGGGCAAGAAAUUACAGCUACCUGCUUAGCUUCAGUUAAGAGUAUUAUCCUCUUGUAUCGGAGAAAAGUUCGAUUGCCCGUCUUCGGCAUCAUCGGUCCGAGAUAAAUCUGGGCAAUCCUGGGAGGAUCGUGGAACGCACAUACAGUGUAUGUUUCUGUCAAGUGUGGAAUAUCUCGCAGCAUCUUUCCUUCUAUCAAACAUUCUUCCUUCCCCCAUCUAUCAUCCUCUCGUGCAAUGCCGCUUGCUGUGUUUCCUUUCCAGGAUGAGAUCUAAGUUGUCUUUAUUAUUCUUUCGUACAUUUCAAGCAACAUAAUUUUAGAAUCAAGAUAAUCGUUUAUUUUAUGAAUUUAGGAAUUUAACAAUUGAGGAUAAAAAAAUUGUAUAAAAUCAGAAUUUUCAUUAAUAUUUACUGUUUAUAUCGUUGUGCAAUUUUGAGUAAUAAAUAUAGUUAAUAAUUAAAUAUAUAAUUAUAUAUGUGAUAAUAUACCAUAUCUUUUAUAAAUUUUAAUUGGAAAAUC